CGCGAGGUCCCCACCGUCCCCCGCGCUCGGCGCUGCGCUCCUGGCGGUGCGCUCAGGGCGCGCCCGGAGGAAACCCCCGCGGGGCUUGGCGAGCGCUGGGCCGAGGGCCGCGUGGAAGCGCCCCCAGAUUUCAAGUUGGAGAUUUUUUAGGUCAUAGUAUGAAAAUGCUGCUGAUUUUAUUCCUCAUAAUAAUUUGUUCUCCUGUCUCUAUGAACAAAGAUUCUGGUCCUGAGUAUGCAGAUGUCGUGUUUCUGGUGGACAGCUCCGAUCACCUGGGAGCUAAGUCCUUCCCUCUUGUGAAAACAUUCAUCAACAGAAUGAUCAGCAGCCUCCCCAUCGAGGCCCACAAGUACCGCGUGGCCCUGGCCCAGUACAGCGACCAGCUCCACAGUGAGUUCCAGCUGGGCACGUUCAAGAGCAGGAACCCCAUGCUGAACCACCUCAAGAAGAACUUCGGCUUCGUUGGUGGCUCCCUGCGCAUAGGCCAAGCCCUCCGGAAGGCCCACAGGACCUACUUCUCCAGGCCCGACAGCGGGAGGGACAAGAAGCAGUUUCCCCCGAUUCUGGUGGUCCUGGCUUCGGCCGAGUCCGAGGAUGACGUGGAGGAGCCCUCGAAGGCCCUGCGGGGAGACGGAGUGAGAAUCAUCUCCGUGGGGCUGCAGAGCGCGUCUGAGCAGGAGCUGAAGGCCAUGGCCACGGGGCAGUUUCAUUUCAACCUGCGGUCGGCCAGGGACCUUGGAGCGUUUGCCCCAAACAUGACGCAGAUCAUCAAGGAAGCCACCCAGUACAGGGAGGUAGCCACCGAUGACAUUCUUGUGGAAGUUUGCCAAGGCCCGUCUGUGGCUGACUUGGUGUUCCUGUUGGAUGUGUCCGUCAACGGCAGCCAGGAGAACUUUGACUAUCUUAAGGAAUUCCUGGAAGAGAGUGUAUCUGCCCUUGACAUAAAGGAAAACUGCAUGAGGGUUGGCCUGGUGACCUACAGCAAUGAGACGAAGGUGAUAAACUCACUCAGCAGGGGCGUAAAUAAGUCGGAGGUUCUCCAGAAUAUACAGAACCUCUCUCCCCGGGCCGGGAAGGCCUACACAGGGGCUGCCAUCAGAAAAAUCAGGAAGGAAGUGUUCAGUGCACGCAACGGCAGUCGGAAGAAUCAGGGGGUGCCCCAGAUUGCGGUGCUGGUGACCCACAGGCCCUCAGAGGAUAACGUGACCAAGGCAGCUGUUAACCUCCGGCGCGAGGGGGUGACCAUCUUCACCAUGGGCAUAGAGGGGGCCAGCGACAGCCAGCUGGAGAAGAUCGCCUCUCACCCUGCCGAGCAGCACGUGUCCAAACUGAAAACCUUCUCCGAGCUGGCCGCGCACAACCAGACGUUCCUGAAGAAGCUGCGGAACCAGAUCACGCUCACUGUCUCUGUCUUCUCGGAACGCACUGAAACGCUCAAAUCCGGUUGUGUGGAUACUGAAGAAGCAGACAUCUAUCUGCUCAUUGAUGGCUCUGGAAGCACCCAGGCCACAGACUUCCACGAAAUGAAGACCUUCCUGUCCGAGGUUGUAGGAAUGUUCAACAUUGCACCCCAAAAGGUGCGGGUUGGGGCUGUUCAGUAUGCGGACAGCUGGGACCUGGAAUUUGAGAUCAAUAAAUACACUAAUAAGCAUGACUUGGGAAAGGCCAUUGAGAACAUUCGGCAGAUGGGUGGGAACACAAACACGGGUGCAGCCCUAAAUUUCACACUAGGGCUGUUGCAAAAAGCAAAGAAGCAACGAGGAAACAGAGUGCCCUGUCAUCUUGUUGUCCUGACGAAUGGCAUGUCCAAGGAUAGCAUCUUAGAGCCUGCAAACAGACUGAGAGAAGAACUCAUUCGCGUUUAUGCCAUCGGGGUCAAGGAGGCCAACCAAACACAGCUGCGAGAAAUUGCAGGCGAGGACAAGAGGGUGUACUAUGUGCAUGACUUUGAUGCUUUAAAAGACAUAAGAAACCAAGUUGUUCAAGAAAUCUGUGCUGAAGAAGCAUGCAAAGAGAUGAAAGCAGACAUCAUGUUUCUGGUGGACAGUUCUGGCAGUAUAGGACUUGAAAACUUCAUCAAAAUGAAAACAUUUAUGAAAAACCUGGUGAGCAAAUCUCAGAUUGGGGCAGAUCGAGUGCAGAUCGGCGUAGUCCAGUUCAGUGACAUCAAUAAGGAGGAAUUCCAGCUCAACAGAUAUAUGUCCCAAAACGAAAUUUCAAAUGCAAUAGACCGGAUGGCUCACAUUGGGGAAACCACCUUGACUGGUAGUGCCCUGACCUUCGUUUCUCAGUACUUCAGCCCUGCCAAAGGGGCCCGGCCCAAUGUCAGGAGGUUUCUCAUCCUCAUCACUGACGGUGAAGCUCAGGACAUAGUCAAGGACCCAGCAGUAGCACUUCGACAAGAAGGCAUAAUUAUCUACUCUGUGGGGGUGUUUGGUUCCAAUGUCACUCAGCUCGAGGAAAUCAGCGGGAGGCCGGAGAUGGUUUUUUAUGUUGAGAAUUUUGAUAUUCUGCAACACAUUGAAGAUGAUCUUGUUUUUGGAAUAUGCAGCCCCCGUGAAGAAUGCAAGCGGAUUGAGGUUUUGGAUGUUGUGUUUGUAAUUGACAGUUCUGGAAGCAUUGACCAUGAUGAAUAUAAUAUCAUGAAAGACUUUAUGGUUGACUUGGUGAAAAAAGCUGAUGUUGGCAAGAAUCAAGUCCGAUUUGGGGCUCUGAAGUAUGCAGAUGACCCGGAGGUGCUGUUUUAUCUGGAUGACCUUAGCACAAAAUGGGAGGUGAUUUCGGUGCUUCAGAAGGACCAGCCCAUGGGGGGCAAUACUUACACUGCUGAGGCAUUAGGCUUCUCAGACCACAUGUUCACCGAAGCCCGUGGCAGCCGUCUGCACAAAGGGGUCCCCCAAGUCCUCAUUGUGAUCACUGAUGGGGAAUCCCACGAUGCGGAUAAGCUCAAUGACACAGCCAAGGCCUUGAGGGACAAAGGCAUCCUUGUCCUGGCUGUGGGGAUCGCCGGUGCAAAUCCUGUGGAGCUGCUAGCUAUGGCAGGAUCGAGUGAUAAGUACUUCUUCGUGGAGACGUUUGGAGGCCUGAAGGGAAUAUUUUCAGAUGUGUCAGCCAGUGUAUGUAACUCUUCAAAAGUAGAUUGUGAAAUUGAAAAAGUAGAUCUUGUCUUCCUCAUGGAUGGUUCAAACAGCAUUCAUCCAGAUGACUUCAAGAAGAUGAAGGAAUUCUUGGCAUCUGUUGUUCAAGACUUUGAUGUCAGUGUCAACAGAGUGCGUAUAGGUGCUGCCCAGUUUAGCCAUACCUAUCGGCCAGAAUUUCCACUAGGAACUUUCAUAGGCAAAAAUGAGAUCUCAUUUCAGAUUGAAAACAUCCAGCAAAUCUUUGGAUACACACACAUCGGUGCCGCACUCCGAGAGGUGGGGGAUUACUUCCGGCCAGACAUGGGCAGCCGGAUAAACGCAGGUACCCCACAGGUAUUGCUGGUCCUCACAGAUGGCCAGUCUCAAGACGAGGUGGCUCAGGCUGCUGAAGAGCUGAGACACAAAGGUAUUGACAUUUAUUCUGUGGGCAUUGGGGAUGUGGAUGACCAGCAGCUCAUUCAGAUCACCGGGACUGCAGAUAAAAAACUGACGGUUCAUAACUUUGAUGAACUGACAAAGGUCAAGAAAAGGAUAGUUCGCAACAUCUGUACCUCGGGGGGUGAGAGCAAUUGUUUUGUCGAUGUUGUGGUGGGAUUUGACAUGUCAACUCAUGAGAAUGGGCAAACUUUGCUCGAAGGUCAAUCUUGGAUAGAAACCUACCUUCAAGACCUUUUACGUGCCAUCAGCUCCCUCAAUGGGGUAAGCUGUGAGGUGGGCACAGAGACUCAAGUUAGCGUGGCUUUUCAAGUGACGAAUGCUGUGGAAAAAUAUUCCCCCAAGUUUGAGAUCUAUAGUGAAAACAUACUGAACAGCUUGAAGGAUAUAACUGUUAAAGGACCAUCUCUACUCAAUGCAAAUCUCUUGAGUUCUCUGUGGGAUGCAUUUCAGAAUAAAUCAGCUGCUCGAGGAAAGGUGGUUCUCUUAUUUUCAGAUGGAUUGGAUGAUGACACUGAAAAGCUUGAACAAAAAUCUGAUGAACUUAGAAAAGAAGGCCUGAAUGCCCUCAUAACUGUUGCCCUGGAUGGAGCCACUGAUUCAAGUGACCUGGCUGAUCUUCUCUACAUUGAAUUCGGGAAAGGGUUUGAGUACAGGACGCAGCUCACUAUUGGAAUGAGAGACCUUGGGAGCCGACUGUCAAAGCUACUGGUUAAUGUUGCUGAAAGGACAUGCUGCUGUUUGUUCUGCAAAUGCAUUGGAGGGGAUGGCACAAUGGGAGAUCCUGGACCACCGGGGAAAAAGGGAUCCCCAGGUUUUAAAGGCAGUGAGGGCUAUCUGGGAGAGGAAGGUGUUGCUGGAGACAGAGGAGCCAGUGGACCAAUGGGAGAGCAAGGUACUAAGGGAUGCUAUGGCGCCAAAGGUCCUAAGGGAAACAGGGGACUAAAUGGACAGGAGGGAGAAGUUGGAGAAAGCGGAAUUGGCGGAUUAAAUGGAGAACCGGGUGACAGUGGUCUUCCUGGAGAAAAAGGAGAAAAGGGUAAUGAAGGAUCCCAGGGAAGCCCAGGAAAGCGAGGAGUUUCUGGUGACCGAGGCUCAAAGGGGCAGCGAGGAGACCCCGGAGUUCCUGGAUUUGACAAUACCAUAGAAGGACCUAAGGGCUUGAAAGGAGAACGUGGAAGACAAGGUAGAAGAGGCUGGCCAGGCCCCCCUGGAACACCAGGCUCCAGAAGAAAGACAGCAGCUCAUGGCCGAAGGGGACAUACAGGCCCACAGGGGAAAACAGGCAUCCCAGGCCCAGAUGGACUUGAAGGCUCAUGGGGAGUUAAGGGCCCUCAGGGUCCCAGAGGAGAGACUGGUGUGAAAGGCGAAAAAGGAGGUCUGGGAAGUAAAGGUCCUCAGGGGCCUCCAGGACAAGGAGGAGAAGCAGGGAGUCCAGGCCAUCUGGGAAGCCAAGGAACUAAAGGAGAACCUGGAGAUUUGGGAGAAAAAGGAGCUAUUGGCCUCCCGGGUCCUCGAGGCUUACCGGGUGAUGAUGGCAACCCAGGUUAUGGUAGCAUUGGAAGGAAAGGAGCAAAGGGGCAAGAUGGAUUUCCUGGAGAAAGUGGUCCUAAGGGUGAGAUGGGGGACCUUGGUGGUCCAGGAGAAACUGGACCCAAGGGAGCUAGAGGCAAGAGGAUAUCCACUGGGCUUCCGGGAGAGAUGGGAUCCCCUGGGGAGCCAGGACCUCCUGGACGCAAGGGUGUGAAAGGGGCCAGAGGAUUGGCUUCAUUUUCUAUGUGUGAGCUCAUUCAGUAUGUACGGGAUCACAGCCCUGGCGGACAUGGAAAACCAGAAUGCCCCGUGCAUCCCACCGAAUUGGUGUUUGCCUUGGACCAGUCUCGGGAUGUCACCAAGCAGGAAUUCGAGCGCAUGAAGGAGCUGAUGUCUUCCCUGGUGAGAGGCGUCCGGGUCCGGGAGAACAGCUGCCCGGUGGGCGCCCGCAUCGCCAUCCUCACCUACACCUCUCACGCCCGGCACCUCGUCCGCUUCUCAGACGCCUACAAGAAGCAGCAGCUCCUCCGGGAGAUUGAAGCUAUCCCUUACGAGAGGUCCUCGGACAGCAGGGAGAUCGGCGGGGUGAUGAGGUUUAUCUCCAGGAAUGUCUUCAAGCGAACGCUUCCAGGCUCUCACACAAGAAGAAUCGCCACCUUCUUCAGCAGCGGUCAGUCUGCAGAUGCCCAGACCAUUGCCACGGCAGCCAUGGAAUUCAGUGCCCUUGACAUCGUUCCGGUGGUCAUCGCGUUCAGCAACGUGCCCUCCAUCAAGCGUGCAUUUGCAAUUGAUGACACUGGCACAUUCCAAGUAAUAAUGGUUCCAUCCGGGACUGACUACGCGCCAGCAUUAGAGAGACUACAGCGGUGUACUUUCUGCUAUGAUGUAUGCAAGCCAGACACUUUUUGCGAUGAAGCCAAACCACCCCCUGCACAGUCUUACAUGGAUGCUGCUUUCCUUCUGGACAGCUCUCGGCAUGUGCAAAGUGCUGAAUUUGAAGACAUGAGACACUUUUUGGGAGCACUCUUAGAUCACUUUGAGAUUAGCCCAGAGCCUGAGACCUCUGUCACUGGAGACCGGGUGGCCCUAUUAAGCCAUGCUCCCCCCAAUUUCCUACCCAACACUCAGAAGAGUCCUGUUAAAACUGAGUUCAACCUUACCACCUACAAUAGUAAGCGCCUCAUGAAGAGGCACAUGGAACAAUCAGUUCAACAACUAAAUGGAGAUGCUUUUAUUGGUCAUGCCUUACAGUGGACCCUGGACAAUAUCUUUUUAAAUACACCCAACAUGAGAAGAAACAAAGUCAUAUUUGUCAUAUCUGCUGGGGAAACCAAUCACUUGGACAGGGAAACCUUAAAGAAAGAAUCCUUAAGAGCCAAAUGUCAAGGUUAUGCCCUAUUUGUGUUUUCCCUUGGCCCUGCUUGGAAUGACAAAGAACUAGAAGAUCUAGCCAGCUACCCUUUGGAUCACCACUUGGUCCAGCUUGGCCGAAUUCAUAAACCUGAUCACAGAUAUAGUGUGAAUUUUGUGAAAUCCUUUGUAAACUCAAUCAGGCGUGCAAUCAACAAAUAUCCACCAAUAAGCUUCAAAAUGAAGUGCAAUAGACUCACCUCUACAGAUGUGAAGCAGCCUCCACGGCAGUGGAGAAGCUUUGUUCCUGGACCACAUAAAACUGCCCUCAAAGAAGAUGCAUUACAGAAGGCAAAGUUCUUUCAAGAUAAAAAAUAUCUUUCAAGAGUAGCAAGAGGCAGCAGAGAUAUUAUUCGAAAUCUUACCAGAAACACAUUCCAUACCUUUAAAAAUGGAAAAAAGGUGAUAAAAACUGCUCCAAAACAACAUGAUAAAGCAAGUGCUUGAAGAAUUUAGCCUUAGGAAGCAUGGUAUCUGGAUUUAAGUAACUAAAUUCACUGCUAUAACUAUGGGCAACUUUUAUCUGGAUAUCCAUCAAUAUCCAGUUGGGCCGCUUUGGAGGGCUGGACAAAGCACAGAUUAUAGAUUAUCAGGCAGUUUUGACCCCUUGCACUCAUUGAUAUUAAAAUUGAUCUUGUCUAUUUCUUUGAGCACUUCUGAUAUCUCCAGCACUCUGACACAUUCAAGAACUGUUAUCAUUAAAACAUGGAAGAAUGAAAGAAGUGUUUUGAAAAGUGGAGAUAUAAACUAAUAUCUCUAAUGGAGAUAUCUGAAGGUAAAUUUUAAAUAGUAUAUACAUGAGCCAAUGCUAAUUCUUUUGAUUUAAGUCUGUAAACAGCUUUUGUUCUCUAUUUAGUACUGUUUAAUGUCCAUCUGUUUAACAAAAGGUUAAUGUUUUGAAAGAUCUCAACAUUUAAUUUAGAAAUUGAUGCUUAUAUGUCAUAAUUUUGAAAACUUGGCUUUCCGUGAUACUAUUUAUAUAUAUAUACAUCAUCGUCUCUGUGUGGACAGCUAGUUUCUGAUAGGCUUGUGCUGGAAGGUUUCCUCCUGCUUUCUGCAGUUGUUUGCUUGGACAGGUAAGAAGCAGAGAAUAAUUUUCUCUGCCCAACUCCUCUUUAACAUACUGAGAAACUUGUUAAUUCCCCCCAAAACAAAUAAUUGCUUUUGAGCUAUAAGUUCCCUCAUUAUAUAGAGCCUCCUAACUGGCCAUUUUGAUGGACUUUAUUCUUUACCAUUGUUAUAUAUAUAUAUAUAUUAUUUUUUACCAAUCCAUAUAUUCUUUAGACAAGGAGAAUAAAGACAACUUGUAAUGGGUGAAGCUGAGUUACUUUUACCCAUCAAGAAGCUACUUAGUCAACAGUGAAUAGUACCAAACAGGACAGACCAAGAUCUAAAUACAGUCUUAGAGUCUUAAAUGCAUAUUGUGUUUGGAAAAGGUAAAAUUGUUAAUGUUUUAAUCUACAAAUCCAUUUGGGAUUGCAAAGAUGUACAGAGAUGCACAGAGAUCAGAGUUAGUUAAAGCAGGAAAGGUCUUCCGAAUGCCUCGCCUCCAGUAGAAUUCUGACAGCUUGCUCCCUCCUUACCCACAUCCAGAUCACAAAAUUCUUUAUCUUAUUAGACCAAUAUUUUCAACAACUAAACAUCAAAUUAAUUAAUUUAGACACAAUAUUUGGACCUUACCUUGACUUGUCAGAGCUGGCUCGAGUUGGUAACAACAGCCCUGCUUGGAUGCAUGGCUGAUGGCUACUGGCACCUAAGGUCAUCUUUUCUUUCUUCAUGAAACAAAGGCCAUCUACACUGUUUUAAAACCACUUCUACCAUCCUUACUCAGGUAACUCCAUAGAGAUAACUCCCAAUUCCUUCGGAGGGGCAUGGAGUUAAAAAUGUCAUAUUCAUACUCAGGAAAUAGAAAAGAAUAAAACAUAUCAUCAGCUUGCUUCAUACCAUAAGUGGUGCUUAGGGGUUCAGGAAAAAAUUAUGUUUCAAGUAGAGGAAAUUGAUGAACAACAUUUAAGAAUUUUAAUAAAAGGGCCUUUUCUGGUUAACUUUGGAUUAAGCAAAAACUCUUCCUGUUUACUGCUAGAAAUACUUAAAAAAAUGUAUUUGUCUAUUUUUCUGCAUUGAUAAAGUAUACCAAAAAUUUUUGCCCUUGGUAAUAGAUUAUUUUAGCAUUUCAGGUCAUCUUUAUAAUCCUUAACAGAUGAAGGGUCUGUAAGUACUAAGUUCCUUUUUAAAAAUCCCUAAUAUUAGCAUUUCUCAUGAUUUACUUCUUUCUCCUAGAAGGGAAAAGCAGCAAAAAUUUGGGUGUAAAUUAAAUAGACCCCUAUUUAAACCACAAAUCGCACAAAUAGUGGUGCAUCCUGGUUUAAACAUGUAAAUUAAUUGACUAUAAAGGACAGGCCUAUUAUUUCUGCACUAAGCUAGGAGUAAAACAUGUUUAAAAAAGUUGAAAAACAAGAUGCAACUCAACGUGGCCUUAGAUUGUAAUAGUAACAAUUCAACCAAAUUACCCUCUCUUUUAAAGGGGGGAGUUUAAGUGGGAAGAGGAAUGGGUGGCAGGAAGAUAAGGGGAAAAAAGGAUUCCAUCUCCAUCAGCCCACUCCAUUUUCCCCUCAGUAUGUUUGUCAGUCAUGUAGCUUCGCUAAUGGCUCAAGGCUUAAAGUCCUCUCUCAGCCUAACAGUUUAUCUCACACAAGUAACCUCCAACCUCUGCAGACACGAAUCUGACUUAGUAGCUAGAAACUCUGUAUAUUUGGUCUUAACAGGCAUAAACGGAAGGAGAGGCAAUGUAACAUGACAAUGUCAAAGUUGCAAAUCCUACCGUUCCACUAGCUAUCUAACCUUGUCAAGGUCCAGGCUCCUAGCUCAGGCCUUUGUGAAUGACAGGGUUUUUUGAUGAGUUUAGACAGGUAAACUCAAAAUUAAGUGCACUGAAUCAUGAAGCCAGACCUAUGCACUGCAAACUGUCAGGUAUUUUAAACAUUAUAAACCGGGAUCCCUGGGUGGCGCAGCGGUUUGGCGCCUGCCUUUGGCCCAGGGCGCGAUCCUGGAGACCCGGGAUCGAAUCCCACGUCGGGCUCCCGGUGCAUGGAGCCUGCUUCUCCCUCUGCCUGUGUCUCUGCCUCUCUCUCUCUCUCUGUGACUAUCAUAAAUAAAUAAAAAUUUAAAAAAAAAAAAAAUUAUAAACCUUUUAGCAAAUGGUAAAAAUUAAAUGUGGAGAGGCAAUUAGGUUCAUGUACAAAUAACUGAUAAACUUGAAGGGUUUAUUUUUAUGGGAAAGGCCAAUUGUGGGCUUAAAAACACACCAAAAACGUAUACUUUUAAACAACUUAGUCCUUUCCUUUUUUAUGCAUUUAAUAAACAACUGACACUGGAUAAAAGCAAGCUGAUAGCCCAAGAUUCAGAAUUUAUACUAGAGCCUAUAAAAGACAGUAAUGAUGGCCAAGGAGAGACAUUUUUCGACACACAGAUCAGUACUGGCAGACUCUAAAACAGGAUAAAAAGAUAUGAUAAAGCAGAACAAAAUACAGAGACUCCAGAAAUGUGAGCAUAAGGCCUAGCUCUGCCACUGAUUCUUUGAGACACUGAGUCCAUUUCUUCAGAACAGAUGCUGCUGAAGAGUUUAUUCUUCUGCUAAAGUUUACUGUUAAAAACAUCAACAA